AUGCCCAUGGUGCUCCGAAAAAAUCCACCGCCUGGAAUUCAUGUUCCAUCGCGAGCCAGAAACGGUUCGGAUCCUCGAUCGCCUGUAUCGCGAAGCUCUACCUCACCACGGUCAGCAACUCAUCAGCAGUCUUCCCGAAAGGACAGCUGGGAGCUUGAUACGGACUCUAUAUAUUCACCCGACCUACGGACCUCUCCGGCGUUCGACCUUAUGCCUCUUGAAGAAGCGCAAAAGUCUCCGGUGGCGAGCAGUAGCCCGUGGGAAGACGAGCUUGUAGAGCGUCCCGUUGGCAUGGCGCAUAUUACCGGAGCUUCACAACAGAUGUCAGGGAACCCUAGUCGUGCAGCUUAUCAGCACACAGGCUCGAGUAUACAAUCCGGUGAUGAUGAGUACCGGAAACCGCCGUCGGCUGUAGAAUUAGGGACGUCACCACAGUGUUUUCGCUCAAACAACCCAUUCUUGCGUGCUCGAAACCCAAGUCCAAGUCCUUGGGAAGAUAAUAGUCAGCGAGACCAGUUCCAAUUUCAGUCAGAGCACAAUUCAUCACUACCGAAUCUGCGUCCAGAUCUUUCUGAAAGAAACAGUCAGACCUCAGGGAUUAUCCCCGUGACAGCCCGCUUGUCAAUAUUCGACCAACCAGUAGAUCCCUGGAGUCCGCCUAGUCAACAGCAAGAUGGAGGAGUAGCCCACCCUAAUACCGCGGUUACACAAGCAUCGUCGGACAAGGAGAAAAUGCCCUCCACGGAAAGCAGCACUGGCAACACAUAUACUCUGAACCAAACCGAACAAGAGUGGGAUACGAAGAAUCACUGGCAGGAACUAUCAUUGCGCCCGGAAUCUGCCAAUGUGACCAAUGCAUCCUCCUCACAACAGAUACCACGAGCUUCAUCGCCGCAACUCAUCGAUCUCGAGGAUACCUCAACGAAUACCGAAGUCAAUCCAUGGUCUAAUGAAAAGCGGCCAGAUCUACCUCCAAAAGACAAGCUCGAAAAUCAGCCGCCAGCUUCAGAACAGCUCUCCUCCACACCGCACUCCCUGCCGCCAAUGUCUGAAGACGAGUUGAAAAUUUUUCAAGAGAAACAAGCAGAAACGUAUGCGAUCCGGCACAUAAACUGGAUCGAUUUUACUGGGCAGUUGCGUGAAUCUCCUGUGCUUGUUCAGAGCCGAAACGGACCAUGUCCCCUUCUUGCUCUUGUCAACGGACUCAUUAUGCGUUCUGAUAGGAAAGCACAACCGCCGAUAGUUAGGGCAUUGCAAACCAGGGAGAACAUCUCACUUGGGUUGCUCAUCCAGGCCCUAUUUGACGAACUGGUUACAUAUUCUAAUGAGGAGCUUCCUGAUAUUGAGGCUCUUAGUCGGUUUCUCACUAUGUUGCACACCGGAAUGAAUGUUAAUCCCCGGCUCACACUUGGUUCCCCGACCGCACUAGGAUCGUUUUUUGAGACUAAGGAUAUCCAAUUGUAUGAUUCAUUCAAGGUACCUUUGGUUCAUGGAUGGAUUGCUGAACCAAAAAGUGGCGUUCACGCCUCCAUGGUUCGAGUUGCUCAGUAUUAUGAGGAUAUUCAACUACUACAGUUCCGCAAAGAAGAAUUAGAAGAUCGUGUAUUUCGCAACGGGGAAACGUUGACUCCUGAGGAGGAACUUCUGAUGCACGACAUUCAAACUAUUGAUCAAUUUGUGAAUAUCGAAAACACAACACAACUGACUGACUUUGGGCUUGAUCAUUUGAGUAAAACGCUUCCACCAGGAUCAGUGUCUAUACUCUUUCGUAAUGACCAUUUCUCAACUCUCUACAAACACCCACAGUCCGGACAACUCUUUACAUUAAUCACGGAUGCUGGCUAUGCUGACCAUGCAGAAGUUGUAUGGGAAUCGCUUGUUGAUAUCACAGGCUCCAAGACUGAAUACUAUGCUGGCGAUUUCAGGCCAGUCGGCCAUGGUCCGUCUGCUCCGGGCCCUACGGAACCAUCCAAUCUUGCCUCACAACGAGCAUCGAGCCGGAGCAAUGUCGCCACAACCUCUUCAACGCCAUCACAACACACCACCGAACAAGAAGAUGCAGACUAUGCAUAUGCCCUAUCUCUUCAAUUCCAAGAAGAGGCACAACAACAACAACAACAACAACCAAACUCUCGGUCUUUCUCAACCAGGGCAGCCAGCACGGCUGCCCGUAACACAGGGCCAGCACACCGAUACUCUCAAUCCACCGCUUCAGGAUCCACAAGCCGGCUCCGUAACCCUUCUGUGUCAUCUUCAUCUCUCCAAUCCCCUCCUCGCAGAACCAACGAGAACAACAACUUGCACAACAUAGCUCAAGACGCACCAGGCGCUACCAAUAACGAUGAAGACAUAGCGGACGACGCACCGCCCCCUUCAUAUGAUCAAGUAGCCCGCAACAAGGCCGUCGAGAUGCGAAACAGGCAGAAUCACCCACAACAAGGCCUAGGUCUCAACACGGAGUAUGGAAUCCGACGAGUCCAACAAUACCCCGGCACACCUGCUACGUCAACCAGUCGACGACAACCAUUGCAAAGCGUAUCGGAUCGAAGGACACAAGCAGCUAGAGACAAAGAUUGCAUUGUUAUGUAG